AUGGCCUCUCUUUGCAUCUUCUUUUCUUUCCUACUAUCUCUGUUGGUAGUCUUCCAAGGCUUCUCAAACCUUGCAGAAUCAAAAGAGUGUUUCAUCAAAGCCAUAUACAGCUUUGGUGACUCCAUAGCUGACACAGGCAACCUUCUACGUGAGGGACCUGCUGGAUUCUUCGUUCCCAUUGCAAGCUUUCCCUAUGGAAAGACCUUCAAUAAGCCCACCGGUCGCUGUUCCGAUGGUCUUCUCAUGAUCGAUUACUUCGCUUUGGCCCUUAAUCUUUCAUUCAUAAACCCUUAUCUGGAUAAGACUGCCAACUUUGAUAAUGGAGUUAAUUUUGCUGUUGCCGGAGCUACGGCACUGGACAAUUCCUUCUUCCUGCAGAGGGGUAUUUUUACAACCUUUACUAAUAAUCCUCUCAGUGUUCAACUUGAAUGGUUCAAGACACAUCUCAACUCAACAUGCUCCUCGAAAACAAAGUGUGCUCAAAGUCUUAAACGGGCACUUUUCCUUGUGGGGGAAAUUGGAGGCAAUGAUUAUAAUUAUGCGUUUUCCCAAGGAACAUCUAUGAAGAAGGUGAUGACCUAUGUGCCAGAAGUUGUGCAAAGCAUAAUAAAAGCUGCUAAGGAAGUAAUUAGUAUGGGAGCUGGCCAACUAGUUGUUCCUGGAAAUUUUCCAAUUGGAUGUAUGCCAAGCUACCUCGCAAUGUUCUACUCCCUGGAUCCCGCAGCUUACGACGAAAAACAGUGCCUGAAAGAAUAUAAUGCAUUCGCCAUGCAUCAUAACAAACAACUUCAGGCAGCACUUCAAGACCUCAGGCAUGCAUACCCUCAUGUUACAAUCAUGUAUGCAGAUUACUACCAAGCUUUCCUUCAUCUCCUUGACAAGGCCCCGGACUUGGGGUUUGACAAGGAUUCUUUGCUACAAGCAUGUUGUGGAGUAGGUGGCCAGUACAACUUCAACAUAAAUAUCAUGUGUGGCAUGCCUGGGGCUUCAACAUGCUCUAACCCAAGUAAACACAUCAGCUGGGAUGGCAUUCAUCUUACACAAGAGGCAUACAAGGUCAUGGCACAAUCACUGAUAAUGGAGGGAUUUGCUUACCCAAAUUAUAGAGUUCAGGAGGAAUGGGAGUGCUAGUAACCCAUCAAAAAGUAAUGAGUUAAUCCAGCAACUCGCAUCAUAUCAUGCGUAAACAUGAGCAUAUGUAUGCUGGCACCAAGUAAACAAUAUUCACAAAUAGCUUCACAUUUUGG